ACCUCGGUGACGUCAGAUCGACGUAGCGCUUCCUGGUUACCGCAGAGCUAAGCUAGCAGUGGGUCCGCUCCUCGGGUUGUUGAUGUUGCUCAGUGGGGUAAUUCAGAGGCGCUUUCCCCGGAGUUUGAGUGAGUGACAGACGGACCUUUUGAUCACGCUUCCAUCCUUAAUCCUCCGGGAUGUCUUACCUGGAGAAACCGUCCCCCGGUCGGCUGCUGUUGGACGACACCGUCCCUCUGACGGCGGUGAUCGAAGCGAGCCAGAACCUGCAAUCUCACACGGUAAGUCUGAACUAGAACUACCAGUCUCUUGAGCGUUAACAGCCUAAUAUUUUACCAGUAAAAUAUUACUUAAAGGUCAAAAAUGGCUAAAGGAUACCUCGCUGCCAAUACCUUUCAAAUAAGUGUUUAAAAGACUGCGUUUGGGUUCAUCUCUGCGUCACUGGAUCCAUUAUCGGACACAGAUGUUGACACCCAUUUUUUUAAUUUUCUGUAACCUAAAACUGCCCCUUUACUAUAACGUGUUUACGUGAAUACUAGAUAAGUCUAUGAAAACACAUUUGACCCAUACUCAGUAUUUUAAAAUGUUUCAGCACCUUAUAGCGUACAUCUCAUCUCAAAUGGUAGCUGCUAACCGACUCUGAAUCUGAAUCUCUGGCAUUGAUUAAAUCAUUUCCUGGAAGCUUGUCUGCCUCUAGAUAACUGCAGAUUUCAAAGGAUUAAACCUCGAACAUUGACAUAGACUACGUAAAGGCCCAGGAGCCAAAACUAUGCCUGUAAAGCAGCUAAAACCGUCGACAGUGCGUUUCUUCACCUCCGCAAUGAAGAAUUUCUCUAGAAGAAAUCCCUAUUUAAUUGUUUCCUAAAUUUAAACGUUUUGUACAAGCUACUAAGAUGAUAUUUAAUUUUUCUUUUGACAACGAUGACUUGCUUAAACAUCCGGCAUAUAUCAGCUUCACCGUGAACGUUUAGUUUUAUUACUGAUGGCUGACAAUGACGGUAUUUGCCUGCAUGAAUCUCGGACCACUGAAGACCUUGGAUGGAAACUCGGAGAUUUCAUAUAAACAAACGUUGCUUCAUUGAUGGAAAAAAGUACCGUUAAGCAUAUUUUCAUAAAAACAUAACUCGCAUAAUCUCAAUCUGCAGAAAUUUGGGGAAUCCAAUAAAUAAUCGGAUUUUCAACUGGAGUUUGGCGCGGCAUAUUUUUCAACAUUAGCAUUUUACGUUGAGAUACUGUAAGACUUUCUCUGAAUUUUAAAGUUUUGUGACUUAAAGUUACAUUUGUAUAAUGAAAUGUAACUUUCAAAGACCAGAUAACCUUACAGAAAACAUAUAAGGGGGACAUCAGUGGUGUGUCCGAUAAUGGGCUCAUGAGUAAGGGGGUUUGUUGUUGACAGUCCGGCUGAAAUCAGCUGAGGUAGCAGUUAGCUUAGCAUGCUAAUGUCAGGCCGUUAAAGAUGCUGUAGCAAUUAUAAAACAGAACAAUAUCAUAGCAGGGUUAACCAAAGAGGAUGGUUAUCAUGACUGUAUUUGUAUAAAUUCGUUACUACUGUUUCUGUUGUGAGAAGUCUGCUCUGAAAAUCUGCCAAAACAACAGCCAACCUGUCACUCAGAGGUCAAUAACUGCUGAUUUCUGCGAUACUAACCAUGUCAGAUGACUUAGCAGGAUUUCCUAACCUGUCAGCAGCUUCAAAACUGAUGUAAUACAUUGAGUGGAAGCCUAUACACACUUACACACUGUCAAUUUCGUGUCAGUCACCAAUUGAAAGUCAGUCAUUAACCAAAGUGAAGAGUGUGAGGUACAUUUGUAUUAUCUUAUUUUAUUACAAAUCCAUUGCUAUAUCACACAUGUAUGUUUCUUGUCCAUUUGUCCAGAUGUGAAAAGUAAACACACGACCACCCACUGAGCAUUUUUGGUCUAAAAGAGGUCUAAUAGACGUCUAAGUGUAGUCUAGAUGACUGGUCUAAAAUCAGGCUACCACAGAUCUAAAAAUGAACGUUUUCAGACGUCUAAAUUUAGACCGAGUUUAGACUUGCCAGCUAACAGAGGUCUACCAGUAUAUUGCUCAACGGCUAUCAUAAUUAUUUUGGUUUAGUACUUGGAGAUCAGUUAUGCAACUCACAGUUGCUUUUUGAAAUAAAUACUUAUCAAAUAGCGGGUUAAAGUGCAACGUCUAAAUUCCGUCUACAGAUAUACAGAAUCUAGACGGUUGAAAUUAGGUCUAACAAACAACUAGAUGUCUAAUAGCCGUCUAUUGCUCAGUGAGCACUAUAAAAUUUCUGUGUAUUUGAUUUGUUCAGAAACUCUGCUCUGUUUGCCUGUGAUUCUGAGUCAGUUCUGAACACUUCCUGUUAUCUCUUGAUUUCAAAGCUGGUUUCAUCCUGGUGACGAGAUUAAUCUGCUGAUCAAGAAAACAAAACAUUAAACUGGUUUCCAUUUUAGACCAGACCCUGACAUGCUAUGCGACUGUUCUUAUGCAAAUCACGUAAGACAAACCCUAAGACAAACCCAUGUCUGUGUUUGCUUCCUGUUUUUGCAGCUUUGGUAUCAUGUGUAAUUAUUAUCUGACAUGAAGUAAAGGUCUUGUAAAAGCAGCUGAGGUUAAUUUAUUACUUCAGAAAAGAGGAAUACAUAAAAUAUAACGAUGCACGUCCAGUCCACUCAGGACGUGUUUUCUGUUAAACAAAAGGCAUCAGGGAAUCUGCUGACAUCGACUUUGCCCACUUUCCCAAACUCUCAUCUGUAUUACUCACGGUGUGGAACUUAUUUGAUUAUUUUACAUGUUAAUGAACAUGAGGAAAGUGAUUGUGGAGCACUUAAGAGGCAGCUUGUUGUUGGUAACACAUCAAACUAUAAGACUUGACAAAGAAAUGUGGACUCUACAUUAAUCACACAGUCUGUUUAUUCAGGUUUGAGCUGGUUGCAGCACCGGUUCGGUGUUCUGCUGCGUCACUAUUGUUAAAUAUUUUUAUUUUUAACUGCGUCCACGGGCAAAAGUAUUGCAGGCUGAAGGUCAGGACCAGGCUGACAAACUUGAUUCAAGUAGAGAAUUAGCAGAAGUGAACACAAGCUCCUUUAAAUAUCACUUUUAGCCAAGAAGACCAUUCAAAGGGCUUCAAAAUACAGGCAUUAGACCAAGAUAUACAAGAAGGGAAAGAGGGUUACAAAGAUGGAUUAGACCGCACUGGCCUCGCCACUCGCCGAUGGUCUAUUUGCAUACAGGAUGGCUUCCUGUUUACACCCUGAGUAUGGAUUGUUUGUGAAACUGCCCAGAGCACCUACACGAGAGGGUGAAUGCAGGAUUAGAGCAGGAACCCGAAUCUGUCUGCGGGAUUUAGACUGUGAGAGGAUUAAAUCUGGAGAAUUCCAUGUUUACAUCAGAGUUCCUGUUUUCUCACUUUCAUUUGGUGGUUUUGAACCUUUUACUCCAAGAUUUCAUCAUGACAAAGACGGCGUGAUAAUAACCUUUUAAUUGAAACGUUAAGAUCAGUUUAUUUUGGUCAGUGUCCCUCCAGCAAACACACAAACAACAGGCAAACAAACUGUAAUACACCGAGGGACUCAAUCAUUAAGAAAAAGAAUAGAAGUGUUAUACAAACCAGUCGAUUAAUACUAAUUCUUUAAAGAACGAUUAGGACAUUAUACCUCUGAGACUAUAAUUCAGUGUAACAAAGAAAGUUGUGUAACAUUAUACUCAGAUUUUUCAACCAUUUUAAUCAUUAACUCACUUUCACAUAAUGAUCCGUAGCUUUUAUAUUCAUGUUCAGCAUGUUUGUGACUUUUUCUGAUUUUGAAAACUAUGAAUAAAUGACUUUCAAGAAGACGUUUUUCCACCUUGUUUGUCCUUAACUUACUCUGUUAAUGACUUUGACUUCCUCUCACCAGAUUUUUGACAUAACUCUUAAAAUGCUUCCAGCUGACAGGGUGUCGAAUAUUUAACUACAAACUGUUACAACAAUCAGAAUCUGAAAAGAAUAAUGUUUCCCUUCAGUGCUAGCUUCCUGAUUAAUAUUUACAUUUCAAUCACGUUAUGAGUUUUUAAAAAUGCUUAAUUAUGUAUUUUGUUCACCUCUCUUAGGAGUACAUCAUCAAAGUCCAGAGGGGCGUGUCUUCAGAGAACAGCUGGCAGGUAAAUGAACCAAUCACAGCCUCCCAAUAGAAAAGUUUUUAUAUGCAGUGAUGAGAUACUUCCUUGAACUCAUAGUUGGAGCCUGCAAGUGGAUGCUGCAUUGGUGGUGGUGCUUCUGCAGGGCAGUAUUGGCAGCAACACAGCAGAAACGAUUGGCUGAAAAUACAGUACACCAUCAAACUGUUGGGGAGGGGGGCAGGGGGGUUAGUGAGGUGAUUAAUAGGAGACGCAGUCCACAUGAGCUACGCUGCAGAUGCUCACAGGGAGCACAAACAGGUUUUGAGGUCGGUCAAUCAGUUUGUUCGUAGAAGUAUCGACUUACUGAAAUGCCUGUUGGACUGAUGAGGCUGUGCAAUGAGAAGAGUCAUUUUGUCUUUGUGUGUUACAGGUCAUACGGCGUUACAGUGACUUCGAUGUCCUGAACAGCAGUCUGAUGGUGAGUUUCACGUCUGUCAGCCUUCAUUCACAGCUCAGGAUGAUGAAAAACCAACAGAAGGGCAGCAGAUGAUUGUGCAAAGUGUGUGCAGACAUUUUGGAGCCUGUGCCAGAGUUAUGUCCAAUGCACAUUUUCUCUUGUUCGUGCAUUAUCAACGUCAGGCUGAACUGAAGUGUUUGUCUUGUAGCGCUACCUGAUGAGUAUUGUGCCUGAGCUGCUGUGUCGGUUUUUGUGUGUCCCCAUGAAAAACCUCUGAGCAGGACAUUGAUCCACUUUCCUCUGCUGCAGUAAUGAUGGAGCAGUGAUAUGAAUAAUUGAUUAGUGCAUUUACACAGUUGGUAGUUUUUUUCACCUUCUCCUUCUGCAUUCAGCAGUUGUGAAACUUUCUCUGUGAACUCUUUCAUUUCUGUCUCAUGUCACUAUUUGCUAAGUUUACAAAAUCAACUUCUUUGUGUCAGCAGCUUUUGUCAAGUUUUAGAUUAGUUGUGUGAUGCAAAAACCGUCUGUGUAUUUUGGCACGCUCAUGGCUGCGUUAGGAAACCUAGAGUUCACUCACACAGGUGAUAACCAGUGUGGUGUAACCAUGCAGCAAGAUGUCCAUGUAGAUUCUCAUUCAUCCAGGUCAUGGUUUUCUUGAGGACUCCAAAAUCAGGCAACUGGACUGUGUAGAGUUGAGAAGACGUUUCGCCUCUUAUCCAAGAAGCUUCUUCAGUUCUCUCAGGGGGGAACACCCGGAGAUGGGUUUCUACGACCCAUUCUUUCCAACUCCUCCCUGUCGUUGUCUGUAAGAUAAAUAUCUGCUCCUCACACUCCUCACGCAAUAUUUAGAACUGAAGAAGCUUCUUGGAUAAGAGGCGAAACGUCUUCUCAACUCUACACAGUCCAGUUGCCUGAUUUUAGAGUCUUCAAGAAAACAUGCAGCAAUUUGUUUUUUUUGUCGGGCUGGGUCUCAGUGGCUCAGGGAGAACGAUAAUAAGCCAGGAUUUCAGUUAGGAGACAAAUGUUUCGGUGGGUGACGGACUGACACAAAGAUUUCUAAGUGCUGAUCCACAGUAAAAAAAAAGAGACAUUUGUAGUGUCUUAUUUUCACUCAAUGUAAAGCCCCCUCACACCCCUCAGUGGAGUGUUGAGAUGAUAUCCAGGAUGGCGGUGGAAACAACAGAGUCCAAAGCUUUUUGCUUUUAUGUCGAUGCUAGAGCUGCACAGUAAAAUAUGUCAAUAUCACAAUAUUUACCUUUUAAGAAACACAAAAAUCUUGAUUUCUUGCUGUAAAUAAGGAAUUCAUUGAAUAUAUUCAGUCAGUGUUUUCUUCUUGUACAUGUGUGAAAAGGCCUUUGCACGGUGCACGUUUGAUGCAGCUGUGACGCUCAUUGAAACCCUGCAGAGACCCUCUGUGGCUGACAUUGGCUCAGUCUUUUUCAUGUGUGUUGAAGGUUGAUGUGCAAACUUUAACAGUUUCUUUAAGAUCCACCGUUGUUUAUACGAAAGAGGGUUUUUAUUGACAGAAGAAGUCCCUCCCUGAUGUGCCACAACACUCAGAACAUGUUCUUGCAACAUAAUAUUUGUGUUGUUACAACAUAAACCACAGGAAGCUGGUUACUGCAAAUGUCACUCUUUAAGUUUUGUAAUGAUGUUAUACUCAGCUCGUCUUGGCCAACUGAAACUUCCUUUUUCGAGAGAGUGGAGUGGCAGCUGUGGUUAGGACAUCCUCCAGUCUUUGCUGUUGUGUCAUAGAGAAACUCUGCUGUGAGGAACAGUCUGAUUAUCAUUCCUCUGUUAGUGAGUUUUUAAUAAUGACAUUUUUUUUUCACUUCAGUUCUCAGUAUCAUUAUGAGAACCAAGCGCUUUUCCACUGUGAUGAAAGACAUUCGGUAUUGUAUCAUAAUCAUGAGAAAACAGUGGGUGAGGUGGAAGAAUAGAUGAUGGAAGUUUAACACUGUACAGAUGAAAUGUCUCAGCUCUUUAACCCUUUUUGCUUCACCCUGAGGAGAAUUUUUGCUGAACGGUGCAAAACAAUUAGUUUUUUUUGUGGCGCAGUAGUUUUUUAAAUCAGAAGUGGGAUUCCCUGAUUUCAGAUAAGCUCAAUAUUUUAUUUAAUUAAACUGUUUAAGUUUCCUUGUUAGAAAUGUUGUUAGAAAUGUAACAAACUGAUGUCGUUUUUUAAGGUUAGCUCAAAUUAGGAUUCACGUUUAACCCUCCUAAAAACAUGGUUUUAUGGGAGGCUCUGUCAGCCCAUCCGUCCUCUACUAUAGUCCUUUUUUACAUAAGCUUCAAGUGAUUCCCCAUUAUGAAAUUCCCAUCAUCUUCAGUCCAUUGUAGUAAAACAAACACGCUGUAAUAAGAUUGAAAACACUGCACCUGCUACCAUGAGCACAUCAGCUCUGUCACAGUGAGCAUGCUUGCGUGCUGAUAUAUGCAUUUAGGUCAGACCGCUGCGUCUGAGUGCUGCCUCGUAGUCAGAGCUGCUGGUGUGAUUGUAAACUCUCAGCUUGUUUGGCUCUGAAGUGUGAAAUACUGCAGCAUGAUAUAUAGUAACAACCACAGAUCCACCGAGAGCGGCUCAGAGGGGGAAAGAAAUGGAUCAGUGUGUGACCAGGAGGGUAAAAAAACAAAGAGCAGACAACACAGAAGUGUGUGUCCUGAGUUUAUUAAGUUAAAUUAGUGCUCAACAUUUAUUUCCUAAAAAGUAAAAAAAAAAAAUCUGCUUCUAUUAGGAUCUGCUAUAACUUUAAAUUGCCAGCAGAAAAAUGUGAAAAUAAUCUCCAUGGUUCAAAACAGCAAAGUUCACACAGGUACUACACACCUGGACAUGUAUCUUUGGCGCUAAGUUAAAUGACUUGACUGUUUUAUAUCAGGCCUGAACCCUGUAAGACCAGAGCGGAUACACGUUCGAACAACGUGGACUGGAAUGUAUGUUUUGAACUUCAUUGCCCUUUUCCCUGCUUACAGAUAUUUUUCCAAACCCCUCAGCUGUCAGAGUUACACUUUAAACUGUCAAACCAGGACUCCGGGGUCAAAGACAUUCAAAUGAACUGUAAGAUCUGAGAGCGCAGCUUCCUGUCACCAAUGACGGUUAACCAUUGAUGAGUGUUAAUGUGGGACAAGUAGAUUACAGUGGCCUGUAAACUUCAGGUGCUCCUCUGAGAUGAAAUAAAAUGUGAUUUUGAAUGAUUUUCUCAGUCAAAGACAAAGUGUGUUAACUUCUAAUAAUUUGAUUUUUAAACUGUUUCUAAGCUCCUCACUGCUUUGACAUUUUAACAGAGCGUAAAUAUUUUUUUGUUUUUAGCAGAUUUUCUUCGUAAAAACACAGGAUUAAAAAAAACAAAUAACGGGUGAAUGACGGUUGGCUGGAUGACGGCAUAAAUUUAAGUUAGGGUCAAACACACCAUAACACAGAGUUAGACACCCCCUCGAGAGAUGAAUGUUGCUAAAUGCUUGCUUCUUUAGUUAUACCAGCUGUAGUAACGACCGCAGGAUAGCAAUACACAGCGGUCUCAACGCGCAAACCUUAACCAAAACGCCACUGAACAACAAAUGUUGUUUUCUUGUUUGGCCUCAAUCAAACAAAUGAACAGAGAAGCUUAGCUGUAAACUACUCACAGCUCAUAAACCUCUGAAACUUGUGACCAGGUGAUGCAAGCAAAACUGCAGCAAAACCUCUUAGAUUACGAGUAAUAAAUAAUGUCAGAUUAUGUGGUUUACUCUGUCAUAAUCUCAGCCCUUUAAGGUAUAGAUCUGAUUAUCCUGCACUGACCGUGUGAGGCUGUUUGUUUAAGUGGAGAUGAGGAAGUAAGCAGAUUUUCUGCUGAGGUUUGGUCUGCUCGUUUCCUUUAGGGGUCUCUCAGUGACCCCGACCUCUGUCAGCUCCUGAUCUUCAGUCAACAGGAUGCAGGAAUGUGGGAAACCUGCUGUUUGUCCAUUUCAGAGUCUCUUCUGUCUUUUUACUAAACAUAAAAAUGUUAAAGCUUCUCUCUCUCUCUCUCUCUCUCUCUCUCUCUCUCUCUCUCUCUCUCUCUCUCUCUCUCUCUCUCUCUCUCACUCAGGUGUGUGGCAUCAGUCUCCCUCUUCCUCCCAAAAAACUCAUUGGAAACAUGGACAGGGAGUUCAUCGCAGAGCGGCAGAGAGGACUGCAGGCGUAUCUGGACUCUAUCACCCAGCAUCCUUUGCUCUGCAGCUCUCUGUUCGUGAAGAAGUUCCUGGACCCCAACAACUACUCGGCUAACUACACAGGUUUGUCCCUGGACCUCGGUCUGUAACAUCAUUUUCAUAAAUCCUAAUAAAUUUGAUCGGUGAUAAGAUGAUUUGGUGCCGUCAUCCCUCUUAGAGUUUGGUGAAGUGUACAUGGACAUCAUUAGGUAAAGACAGUGUGGAGAGCGAUAUUCUGUCUGUUAAACAUGUCCCAUCUCUGUCUAAGUGCACUCUUUCUCCCUGUUUGUCAGAGAUCGCUCUGCAGCAGGUCUCCAUGUUCUUCAGGUCCGAUCCAAAGUGGGAGGUCCUGGAGCCUCUUAAAGACAUGGGUAAGACUCUCCCUCUGAAUCUGCAGCUGACUCGAUUGUUUAACAUGACUCUGUAUUGCAUUACUAAUAAUAAAUGCAUUAAUGCAAACAAAAGGUGCAGCCAACUGUUGUUUUUGUAAUAAUCUCACUCUGUUGUCAGAAGUGUUUUUUGUUUUUUUUUUCCACACAAACAUGUUCACAGUUGAAUGUGGUUAAAGACAAAACAAUCACAGAUCCUCUCAUUGAAGUCCUCUGAACUAGAGACUGGAUAACAAUUAUAAAACCACUUUAGUACUUCCUGGUAAACUUUACAUUUAAUCGUGAAUGUUCCAGCUCUUCAGGCGCCACAAAGUACCGUUCACCAGGAAACUACCUGGCUGCGCCGCUGAGUUAGCGUACAUUUACUAAUAUUAGUUACCAUGAGUAACUGGUUAUACUAGACCAGUGAAGAUCGAUGCAGCUGAAUUCCUGAGUCUCUCUCUGAUGUGUUUUGGUGUUUCUUUUACUCAUGAGUCCAACUGUAAAUGUGUAAAUGUAGGAUGUGUUUCCUCUUUGAUAUGAAGCACUUGUUUAAAAGAAUGUUUGUUUGAGUAAAUGUAGAAAACCUUGAAUCUCAUGCUCUCUAAGUCUGAUUUUUUUUUCUUCGGUGGAGCUGUAAAGGGAGUGACGUGUUGUUUGUUUUGUCUCUUCAGGCUGGAGGAUCAGGAAGAAAUAUUUCCUAAUCAAAAACAAAGAGCAGCCAAAGGAGAGAUAUCUGCUGAGCUGGGUGAGUGAAUCAGAAAUCAGAGCUGUGGACUGAUAGUCCUGCUGAUACCAGUCUCUGAAACAUUCAACACAAAAACACAGAGUUCCAGUAACAUCUGUGAUUAGGACAGCUCCAUCACUAACUCACUGACUGAGCUGUGAGGUCGAGGCAGGAAGGUACGGUUAUUUUCUCCUAAGCUGUUUUUUUAAAUAUUGGACUAAGAUCCUUUGAGGUUUACGAACCUUCAUUUGACUUAUUUUAAUCACCAGAAGGUUUUGUGAGAUAACCUGCUUCAGAUAAUCUUUAUUUUUGCAGAGAUUUAUGCCUGAAAAUCUCAUCAUUCCCGUACUUUGGUGUCAAAGAUAAUCGGCAAACCUUCCAAGAAAGAAAUGAAGUUCAUGAUCUAACAUUUCUCCUCUUUCAUCAGAAGUUAGAAUCAUUUACAGAGAAAUGAUUUUGUUUGAAGAACAUCACAGGGAGAAAUAUUUCGUCCGUUUCUUUAAAUAAAUCCCAGAACACACAAACUUCUUUUUGAGGUAAAGGAAGUUUUUCUCUCCGACUGACUGAACUGAAGUGGAUUUUUUAUUCCAGGACCGUUUCACAUACCGAGGGGACUCUCACAGUCAAGAACAGAUUAAAUUAGCCUUAAUCUAAAUUCAAUCAAAUGUACUCUGCUGUUGUCAGUCUUUUAAGUCCGAAGUGAAAAACGACUAAAGAGAAAUGAGCUUUACAAACAUUGUUUGACGUUUAAAUCACAUUUCACUCUGUAGCUUUCUAAAUUAGUUUUUGCUCCUUUCUGAUAAAAAAAAAAAACUCCAAGGGUUUUUUUGGACGUUAAAAAGCAAUUUGGGAUUUUAAGUGUGUUAUUGAAGACUUGCCAGAAGUAGAUGAAUAAAUGUAAUUUGUGUCACUCAGUUUUUUUCCGAAGCAAAUCUGAACAGAGACCUCUCAUGUGUCAAAAUAACUGAACCUCCUGGUGUGUGUUUCCAUGUGUGUGUAGGUGGACCUGGGUCCUGAUAAAUUCCUGUCCGACAAAGACCUGCAGUCUGCCAUGAAGGUGCUAACCAGCUUAUCUGUGAGUACACAGUUUGUUUGUCUUUGUGUGUGUAUGAAGUAAAAGUAGAGAGGCACUGAGGAGGAUGAUUGUGUACAUGUGAAGGAUCAUCGUGACCCUGAAAACUGAAGGUACUCUAAGCAGAAAAAGACACGUAAGAAAGUCGGGAGAAAUAAAUCUACAGCCAGAGCUCCGAGGUCUUUUCUACGAAAGAGGAUAAAGGCCACAAGAAGAGAAAAAAUCAUUACAGGAAGGAGAUUGUUUUGAUUUCCAUUUCGAGAUUAAAGUCGAAAUUUCGUGAGCAAAGUCGAAUUUAACUUUGAUUUGAAUUUUGAAUUCUGUCCUUUAAUCAUCAAAUGUCUCUCUUUCUCUCUCCUUCUCAGACUCCAUAUCUGUGUCCGCUGUCCUUCUCCAGCACCAGUGAGUCUUCAGCGCUGCUCAUCCGACCGUUCAGUGAGAGAGGCUCUCUGAGAGACCACAUAUGCAAGGUACACUGUGAGCGUGUGUGUGGAGAAAAGCAACAGUUUACUUAAAUACAGGUGCUCAUUGGACGAAUGAGCAGCAUCCAACUUCUCCAUCCCACUACUUUACAGUUUUAGUCUCAGAGUUUAGGCAAAGUUUUUACAUUUCAGAUGAAAAAAACACAAUAAAUAUAAAUCCAAACAGAGAAGAUAAAAAAGCUUUUUGUAGCUCCAUGUACAGAAAAUGUUUUUGAUAAUGAUUUGAUCCUCAGUACAGUUUAGAGACACGCUGACCAUAUCCUCUGUCUGAGCAGGUGAAGCCCAGAGAGAGUUACCUGAAGAAGUACUGUAACCCAAAGAAGAGUCAAGGCCUCGAGCUGCAGCACAUCAAGCUGUACGGACGACAGAUCCUGGAGGUAGAAACACACACACACACACACACACACACACACACACACACACACACUCAUUAUUUGUUUUUGUCCUUUUUACAGUAUAUAUGUUUACAUGUGUGUGUGUUUUCAGGCUCUAAAGCUCCUCCAUGACGGCGGCAUGUUUUUCGGUCACCUACACGCGUCUAAUGUAAUCGUGGACGAGGGCGUGUGUCAACUGACAGAUGUGGAGAACGGCAUGCUGGGAGUCCCCUCAGCGCUGCGGCCGGCUUUCACUCAGCUGAGGAAGAUCAAUGUAUGUAAACACAGUUAGUCAUAUAUUGUGGUGCUGUACCUUUUUAUUGUAUAGCACUUAAAACACAUUCAGUGUCAGUGAGAUCUAGCUCACAGAAGUUUACUGUAUAACAAACCAAAAAGUUCUACUUUUAACCCAAAUCACAGUUAAACGUCACAAAUAGUUAUGAAUAAGAAAUAAACAAGAAUAAAAGUUGAUCAUACUUGUACUUAAAUCUGUUUUAAGUCCAAUUUUAUGUCUUUUUAACGGAACAUUUGUGUCUCAUGUCUUUGAAGAAUGUCACAGAAACAUGGUCGUAUUGAUGUUCUUCAGACAAAUAAGACUACACAGGAUUAAAUCAUUUCCACAAUCUCUUAAAACUCCAUUGUGUUCGUGUGUGUGUGUGUCUCCACAGAGCACAGAAAGUAUCGACGUCUUCUCUUUUGGACAUUUACUGUACGAGAUGACGUACGGCCGACCUCCAGACAGCAUUCCUGUCGACCAGUUCCCCCCUGUUCCCUACACAACUGUGGGUCAGUAUUCAGAUAAAUCAGUGCACACACACACACACACACACACACACACACACACACACACACACACACACACACACACACACACAAAUACACACUGUCAUGUUACCUCUUUUCUUCAAACGCUGACACAUCUGGAUGUGACGCAUUAAUGAAAUUUCUAAAAAUGUCCAAAUCAUUCCCAGCUGCUCCUGGUGAUUUACUGUGUUUAUGGUGUGUGUGUUUGUGUUUCUCAGUGUCGGUGCUGCAGUCCAUCCUCUCACCAGAAGCCUGUAAGGGAAAGAUGCCGACAGUGUCGGAGCUCAUGCAGACACCGUGAGUUCACCUGAUUGAAAUAAACAGAAAACCACAAACAGCCUGUUUAUAAUCAGAGGACACUUUCUUUUUAUGCUGAUGAUGCACUGAACUUCAUUUUUCUUCAGCUGAUUGCACAUUAAGACUACAUGAUGGGAUGUUUUGUUGUCAAGUAAUACGUAGCUGUAAAUUAGCAUAUUGAGUCACAGUAUAUAGUAGUGGUGCAACGGAUCACAAAACUCACGGAUCGGAUCGUUCCUCGGAUCAAGAGUCACGGAUCGGAUCAUUUUUCGGAUCAGCAAAAAGAAAAAAAAACAAGACAAAUAAAAUAUAUAAAAGUAGUGCACAGGGCAUAAUAUCUUCUUUUUAACAUAAUUAUUAAUGACAAACAACUUAAAGUACAAUAUGCAGGCAUAUCUCCUUCCUUUAAAAUGUAACAAUGAACCAAAAAUGAAGUGUGUGCGCGAUGGGAUGUCGUAACGUGGCUCAAGCACUUUCAGCAUGUUUUUAAAGCCCUCGUUUUGCACAACUGAAUACGGCCUCAUGUCUGCAGCUAUAAACACACCGAUAGAGUUUGUGAAAGCUUUAGCCUGGUCGGAUUGCGCAGGAAGAGGCUGCUUAAAUGCUGCGGUGAUGAGCGGUUGUUGGGCAGCUUUCGUUUUAUCUCAGGUGUUAUGCCAAAGAAUGCACCCCUGCCGUAUAGUGCACCCCCUAACGGGAGCGCGGUUGAAAGUACAUAACAAGGCGAAAUAAUACAAGUUUUCCUUACGUUGGAUGUAUUCAACAGCGUUUGCCUUUAAUAAUUUCAUUCAGGCUAUUCAUAUCAAAUAUGAGAUCAUUAUCUCCACUUUAAGAAGCUAACGGGUGGAGGGGAUGCAGGGGGUGCGUUCUACGGCAGGGGUGCAAUCUACGGCACAACACCUGUCAGUAAAACACCCGGGUGAUGUCGCUUCAAAUGCGUGAACAUGCUCGAUGUGUUUCCACUGUCAUGUGGCUUUCUUAUGCCACAGUGCCUACACUCCGUCGCAGUUUUGUACACUGACCUCUUUCCUUCUUCAUCAUAAUUGACAGGGAAGCCAAAAUGCUCCCAUACAGGGGAUUUAAGUGUCGCGGGGCGUUCGAGCUCCUCCCUUCUCCGCUUUCAGAAAUCGAUCCGCGGAUCACAUGUGUGCCGAACCGAAUACGUCGAUCCGAACGGAUCACGGAUCAAUGAUGAUCCGUUGCACCACUAGUAUAUAGGGUGUACUGUAGUGCAUGGUCAUAUUUGAAAAUGUCAUACAAGAGCAGACAGAUCCCGGGUUGAUAGAUUUAAUAUUAUGAGGUAAAACCAAUGCAGGAAAAAAGAGAGAGAAAAGUAACUGGGAGCAGGAUUUUCUGUUGCUGUUAAGUCCCUUUUUUGUGUUUUGCAGGUUGUUCAGUGACGUCCAGCUUCAACACUCAGAAAAACUCCAGAUCAAGGUAACCAAGGUUACUCCUCAGAAUUCGUCCGUUAAUGAAGAGAGUAUUUCACUGCAGAGUAUCAACUCAGGUAAAAAUAUCUGACUUCAUCCUCUCCUCCAGAUUCCCAGCAGGCUAAAAGAGGCCCUGAAGACAGCAAAGGAGAGUCUGGAGAAGAGGCUGCAGGAGGAGCAGAGAGUGGUAAGCACUUUUCUUAUUAGUGAAUAUUUGUGUAUUCCCCUGCCUUAAAGGUGGACUAUAUAAACAUCUUCUGUUUUAAUGUUUGAUUAAAGCUCCAUCAGCAUAGAAGGCUGACCAGAGCUCAGUGUCACCACGGGUCAGAGGAGGAGAGGAAGAGGAGGAAGAUACUGGCGAGGAAGGUAGGAAACUUCAUAACAUCUUAGCAAACAUCUUUGCUCUUUAUAAAGAAACCCUCAACAAUAAAGGCUUUAAUUACAAAGGAAAACAAAGACUCAUGGGAUACUUUUCCAUUGUUUUGUGUUUGUUUGAAUGAUGCGGCUUAGCCUUGGAUGAGAACAGAAACCCGCAGGAAUGUUCGACAGACUUAAAUAGACUACAUGGUUUAAAUGAGUAAAAAUGGGACAAACUUCUGCUGCAUGAGAAUAAACCAAAGUGUGAAAGUACGCUGUAAAAUGUCAAACUCUGAAACUAUGUUUUCUCGUUUUAGCAGAAGUCCAGACAGUCGGCUUUUGAAAAUGAAGAGGAUGUGUCCGUCAGAAACAACAAUAACUCUGGUAGGUUGAUAACACUCAAAGCUUAUGCAUGCAUGUGUUAGUUUUAUAGUCGCUGUAUUGUUCAGCAGUCAUGCUCAAUCCAAUGAGGGACACAGCCUUUGUUUCCUGCACAGACCGGUCAGGCUGAAUCAUCUUGUUUGAUUUGGUGCACAAAGAAUGACUUACUGUGUUGGACUGAAGGAUGCUCCUGAUGAACCCUGUGCAGCUGCUUUUAAAGGAGCCUUUGAAAUGAGACUGUCUUUGAUGCGCCGCUGUGAUGCAAUCAGAUUUCAAAUGCGCCCUUCAAAGAAAGCAGCCCUGAAUUUGGACGCAGCUACUGGAAGCUAGUUUAGGGAUUUUAUUGACUCCUUUAUUUGUUUUGUCUUGCAGUCUUUUUAAGUCAUGCAAAAAACAACUUUUAGAUUGUGAGGUGGCCAGGUUACACAUUAUAUACAGUACAGGCCAAAAGUUUGGACACACCUUCUCAUUCAAUGUCUUUUCUUUAUUUUUUUAUAUGACUAUUAACAUUGUAGAUUAUCACUGAAGGCAUUAAAACUAUGAAUGAACACUUGUAGAAUUUUGUACUUAUAAACAAAGUGUGAAAUAACGGAAAACAUGUUUUAUAUUCUAGUUUCUUUAAAAUAGCCACCCUUUGCUCUUGAUGACAGAAGUACCUUGUCAGGGUUACUUCAGGCACUCCUGUGAAGUUAAAACCAUUUCAGGUGACUACCUCAUGAAGCUCAUUGAGAGAACAGCAAAAGUUUGCAGCGCUAUCAAAAAAGCAAAGGGUGGCUACUUUGAGGAAUCUAAAAUAUAAUACGUGUUUUCAGUUAUUUCACACUUUUUUCUUAAGCACAUGAUUCCACAUGUGUUCAUUCAUAGUUUUGAGAAUCUACAAUUUAAAUAGUAAUGAAAACAAAGAAAAUGCAUUGAAUGAGAAGGUGUGUCCAAACUUUUGGCCUGUACUGUAGUUAAAAAAAUACAAAAGAUAAAUAUAUAUUUGUGGACCAAGCAUAAAGUUAUUGCAGUUAUUAGCUCAAAAAUACAUGUUGAUCUUUAUGAUAUUUGUUGAUUAAGUUUUACUGAACGGGUUUAACAACAAAACAUGAAAAUGACGUGACUAGAUUCAGAGUUAGCUGAUGCUGUAUUCUUGUUUUUUUUAUGAUAAAAUCACCAACUGUGUUUUUACUCAGGUUCUGGGGCCAGCUCUCCUCCCACAUGCCCCUCCUCCCCCACACCACCAUCCACCACAGGUACGUCCAUCUGUCCAUCAGUCUGUUUGUCCCUCUGUCUGUCCUCCCAUCAGUCUUACUGUAACAGAAUACUAGACAUGUUGGUUAGCACCCUCUAGUGGUGGCUCAAUGCCGUGUUGUGUUUUGGCUCUCAGCCCAGGUCAAUAACAGCAUCUUUUUUUUUAUUAACACUGAAUUGAAUCAGAAUUUGCAUGAGUGAAUAUGAAGUCUAAUCACUGAACCUGCCUGUCUCUGUCUCUCACCUCUUCUUCUCUCAUCAUAUGAUUACCUGGUUUUCAGACAGGUAUCUGUCUUUACUCUGAUGGUGUAUUGAUUUGUCCACGUUGUUGUGUCUUUAGACGACUUGUCUCAGGGUGGGAAACACCGAUGCUUCAUUUAUUUAAUACAACAACAAAUCCUGUGAAAAAACUCAAACCUUUAAGUGUUUUAUUUUCUCCUGAAUAAAUGUAUCAUGUAACUAGUUCAGGAGUAAACUGUUUACUGUUUAAAGGAGACCUAUUGUAGUCAUUUGCAUGAUUGGCAGCUUGAAAAACUCCUUAUUUGAAAACCCUCUUUCCGGAAUGAUACACAGUUAGACAAAGCGCGUGGUUGUUACUUUUUACACUGCUUUGUAUUUUUAAAAGCAACUCCAAAGUUUUGCCUUCACGUGACGUCUGAGGCUGCCUGUUAGCAACCACCCAGCCCAUCAUUCAGACCUGUUACCGUCCAGUAGCUGAUGUUACGUUACCUGCUGUUAUAUUGUUACUUGCAGCUUGUUGUUGUGAGCCUUCUCGGAGAGUCUCGAUGGAUGAUACAGCUCCAGAUUUCAGUGACAAUUGGCGUGUUAAUGGAGUUUGUAUCGGCUUUUGUUUACAAUACAGUCACAGCUACUGAACAUUGAUGCCCUGGAAACAGGAAAACUCUGUCUUCUGGUGUCUUUGGGAGGAGAGAGUAACGGGGGACUUCCCGCUUUUGAACGACUUCUUUAAAUAUUCAGAGGUUAAUUGAAAAAGUGCAGAGUGGAGGAAAAAGCAAAGCAGUGAAAUGAACUUUUCAGCUUCCAGGUUGGUGUUUUCUUUGACUGAGCUGCCUGAUGAUGGCGUCCUCUGUCAGCUUUGUCUUUAUAGGACGCCACAACCUGACAACCUGACUCAGGAGACCAGCAUAUCUGGAGAUUACAUCUCUUUCUGUGUGUUUUAUGGUGUGAAACUUAACUGUGGUUUAUUGUGGAUGUUGUCAAACAUUGUAAGAUUAUAAGUAUGUGUUAAAAUAGGUAUCGUAAUAAAAGGUUUCCUUUCAUUUUUAACAACAGCAUCAGUAAACCCUAAAACAGCUCGACAGUUUUUUUUAACAGAAGGAAACAGUUUUUCUGAAGCUGGUUUUCUGUGGAAAUAAAUACUUUAAAACAAUAACAGUGGAGCUCUUCUUAACCAAACGAAACACCAACAAUGUUUGAUAGUAGAAAUACGAAUAUACCAAUUUUUUUACUGUCGUCAAAUGAUUAUUUGUUUUCAGCAUGAAUCGUGAUGUUUGAUCAUAGAUUGACAGAUGAUACAAAAGCAUAACUGUGCAGUAGUUUUAUUUACACAGGUUUUCUGAUAGUUAACCCUUUUAUGACACUAAAGUCACAGAAAAUUUAACCCCUUAUGUCCCCUCAUGACCCUCCUUUAAAACGAUUAUUUGAUAGAUGUUAGAAAUCUCUCUGUGUCGUCUUCCUCUUUGACACGAGUUGAUCUUCUUGUUUUCAGCCGUUUCGAUCCGUCGGUUCGACAAUAAAAUGGAGUUCUUGUUGGAUGAUUAACCCUUCGAUGGUUUGGUUCUUUCAUGGGUUUUAUUGACAGUCUUUGUCCUGAAGCUUUCACAACAUAACAUGGCAUCAGUUCCCCACCCUGGUUUAGGUGUCUCCUUUCCUCUCCUCACCUCCUCUCCUUGUUUCUCCUCCUCUCCCUCUCUCUCCUUCGUCCCGGUGAAACUGAGUAAAUGCUGAUUGAACAGAUAAUUAUCAUCUCUUUCUCUCUCCUCCUUUUGUGCCGUCUCCACCAUAGAGCAUGCUCCAUUCUGACCGUGUCGUUGGGUAAAGUAAAAGAUUUACAGCCUUAAUGAUGAUGAUGAUGAUGAUGGUCUUUGCUGGUUUUUGAGGCUGUUGUACUCCCUGGUUUUCCCAGCAUGCUCCUUGUCCAGACCUUCCUCAUGAUCAGUACAUCUAGUGGGGAAAGAAACUAAAAAGAUCCAGUGUAGAAAAGAAAAUUUAAAACAGGAACCAAAUUGAUCUCUGCAGACUGACACGGGUUUUAGUUGUAAGUUGAGGAUUUCCGCACACUGGUGCGUUUAGAAAACUGCAGUUCAUUUGUGCUUCUCUAAUUAAAAUGGACUCAAAGGAUCCCCAAAGUGGUGCCACACACUGUCGAUGUUUAUGUCCGAAAGUUUGGAUUAAGUAAAAAGGGAGAGUGAACUUUUUCAGGGAAAAACUAAAACAAACUGAUUCAGAUCUACUCUGAGACUGUCUUAGUUUAUUGGUGUCUGUUUUUUUUACUUAUUCUAAAAUCUGCUGGUGGAAACAUGUCAAACAGGCUCUCUGUAGACAGGAUUGCGUGAUGGUGGCACUUGAUUACAUAUUGAUUUUGACAGUAUCAACCUUAUGAUAUAGAUUUAAACUAAAAGAGAAAUAAGUGGCUUAAACGUGGUCUGGAAUGACGAGGUUGCUGCUGGCUUGGAUCAGGGUGCACAAACAUCCUUCUAAAAACCUCACAAUCUGCAAUGAAGUCCAAACCUCACAGACACCCAAACCCCCUUGCUGUUCAGACCCUCAGGUCUCAUUGGAGAUUGUGAUCUGUCAGCUCUGUCUGUCAGUCUGCUGCAUGUCUGUCUGUUUCUGUUUUCUGUCUGCUUGUGCGUCUGGUUUUGAGGCGGGUUGUCUUUGUGAAGUCUAUCAGAUCCUUUAAAGCUCCUGUGAGGAGAUUGUAGCUGAAAAUGAAACGGACUGAAAUAAAUACAGAUGCCUUUAUACCCAAUUUAGCCACUAUCACCGUGAUGAUGGAUUAUUUCUUUAUUGUCUGAAACCGCCGGUGCAGAUUUGCAGUAGUUUACUGUAAAAAGACAGCAGGAUGAGAUACGCUGUUUACACAUAAUAGGAUCAAAUCAGCAGAGAGGAGGUAUCGCUUUGUCCACAGGGGGGCACCAAACUCAACACAAACCAAAAGUUCCUCACAGGAGCUUUAACCUUUCACUUUUGAUGAGAAACUUUGUGGACACUCUCCUGCUGAAUCAGGUUCAGGUUUAGUCCAGUUUGUUGAGCAGGUGACCUGAUCAGAGGCCGAAGUCCUCAUCACACUUGAAUCCCAGUUCAAGUAGGGUUCAGUAUGCGUGUAUCUCUCCCCACAUUUCCUGUUUCUCUCUCCCAAGCAGCUGGAUCCAGUGAAGGCCAAAAUCAAACAGCGAUCUAAAAAGAGUUUUAUUAUUUUUUCAUAUUUUGAGGUUUCACAGACAGUUUUGCUCUGUUCAGAUAAUGCUUCGUCCUCAAACUUUUUGCACUUAUUUUGCUUUCUUAAUACUGGCUGUCUGAAGCAGGUAAACUAUGAAAGGUGCACAGUUAACCUUUGAACACGUGUAAAGCUUAUACCAGGAUGGGAUAAUCCCGCCUAAACCAGCCCCCCAAAAGAAUCAAAGAAAACGCAUUUCUUAUCUUAAGGGCUUGGAGUAAAAGAAAUACGUCAAAUUUCUUCACCAUGAUUCAGAUUCCAGAAGUAGAACCUUCUGAGGUAAAGGUGAUAGACACUCAAAUUUUACAGUAAAACAUCAUCGUUUUGGUCAGGUAUUUGUGUAAGUUCAUUUUUCAGACGUUGUGUGUUUGCUGUGUACCGAAAGUCCAGUGCAAGGUUCAAACAUGGUGAUAAAGUUUUAGAUUAUUUUAUAGAUCUUUUCACACAGAUUUCACCAUCAUUUGUGAAAUGCUGACACAGCUGGACUCUCUGCAGGUCAAACUGUAAUGUGAGUUCAGAGUCAUGUCAGUAUUCACAUAAAUGAACACUGACGCUGCUGGAGGUCAAUCCUGGAGAGAAUCCUUUAUCAAAAAACAUGUUAUUAUUGUUAAUGCAGUACUGAGGUGAUGGUUUCUCCAGGUUUGGACUCCGUCUGUCAGACUGACGGAUGCUCGUUCAUUAAGUUUCAGACAAAAACACAAAGUGAAGUCUGUGGAUCCACUCUGAGCUUUUCCCCCCCUGCUUCACAUUCAUGUUGGUGUCCCCAACAUUUUGCUUCCCUGCCUGCAACCACUGGGUCUCUGUUCAGUGUGGGAUGCAAAAUGGCGCAGCUGGAAGUCAUGUACCAGGUUUAAAUUCAGUUCACCGUCAGUUCACUCUCUGUUAAAGCUCACAGAUUAAAGUUGGGCUAAACUUUACCUUAAAGACACAGAACUGAACGAACUUUGUACAAAUAAUUUAUUGAAGAAAGGAACGAGUGUUGUCUUGAGAGUCAUCCAAUCAGAGAGAUUCAGAUUCUGUUGCCAUGUGAGUUAUAGUGAGGCGAAGAUUGAGGUAGAGAACUGCAGGACUCUUUGCAUCUUUGAUCAGAUUGAUUAUGAAAUUCUAGAACUCUUGACAGCAGCUGGGGUUGAUGGGUAGUGUAGUUUUAAAAGAUAAACUGAGUAUUAUUAGAUUGAGCUUUUAAAAUGACUAUGAGAACACUUUUGCAUGACUAAAUUUAAAUAUAUUUACUCAAACCUGUUCGUGACCUAUAGAUGGGUUGAUACUGAUGGUGAACUGAGUUCGACCUGAACCCUGGUCCUGGUGCAGGAGCUGGUUUCACAAAGAUAAACAUUCUCCAGAGUCCUGGUCACUCUGCGUAAACAACUGAAACAGAUUGUAUUGCUUUAAGUCAGCCUUGAAAUAUAACUAUGCAGUUUUAAAAUUUAAUUGUCAGUUAAAUAAGAGGUGAAAUGAGGUCGUGUUGUUGACCACGAUGGCCUGUGAGGUCAUUAAAUGCAUCAGAACACGUGGACAGAGGAUUCUUGAACCUUCUAAUACCAGCUACCAGCAUCUCCCCUAGUGUUUUGGGUUGUUCACCAGGGUCUUCAUCCAUUGUUUUCUUCUCUGUCUGGUUUGAAUUGUUGACUGCAUUGCUCAACGCUGCCCUCCCACAGUUUGGAAUGGUACUGUAACAAGUGAUCAGUAUUCAAAAGCUUCCAGAACACAUGUAGAAAAACAGAUAAAAUAAGCUCAGAGUUCAGGAGAAGGCCCUGUCCAUUUCUCUUUAAGUAUCUGAUAAGCAGUAUACAGAAGCUUCAAGUGGACACAGGCCCUUAAAAUGUGAACUAUGACCAGCAUGAACCUCUCUCUGUGAAACCAGCUCCGAGGGAAAGUGCAUGUUCGACAGACACCACAACCGUUCCUCCAUUUGGAAAUCAACAUCUAAAACCUCCUCUCAUUCUCCUCUUUCUUAUUUCCAGGAGGCCAGACUGCUCCUCCCCCUCCUCCUCCUCCACCUCCACCUCCACCUCCUCCUAUUCUGGACUCCUGCCCACCUCCUCUGUCCCCCCCUGAUGGAGCAGGAGCAGGUCGCGGCGCUUUGCUGAGCUCCAUCCAGACUUUCAGUAAAGGCAAACUGAAGAAGGCGCAGACUGUGGACCACAGCAAACCCGUCAUCUGACCCCGCCCACCGCCUGAACCCGCCCUCCACUAUGGAGCCCGUCACUAUGUCCAUGCACUGGUUCUGCUCUGUGGUCUGGACUGGUUCAGGUGUUGCUUUCUGUGAUGUGAAAGGAAUCACUAACGAAGAGAAAACCCAAGUACCGUUUUGGUUUUUAUCGUUUUUUUCUGCUUUUCCUGCUGUUGAAUUUUUAAAAUCUGUUGCUGUGGUAAAAGACAGCGAAGGACGGGUGGUAAAAAAAAAUGGCUGCUUCAGUCUGCAGACAAUCCUCUGGUGGUUUUCAGAUUAACCUGCUGCUUCAGCCAGCAGCCAGUCUGCUUCUCUUCUGCGCUUUUUGCUUGUAAAAUUUGCAUUUGAACGUUCGGAGUUUGAUUUGUGGGAGCCACUGUGGACGCUUCGUCUCAUUUGAGGAUGAGGUUUAACUUCCUGGAUCUAUUACUCUGAGGUCAGUGCGUUGACGCUGUCAUCAUGAUCCUUGAGUAGCUGAGAAACUGGACCAAACUCCAGUUUUCCCUCAUGAAAAAUCAUCUCGAUUAUUUUGACAUGUAGCCUCCAGACUCUACAGACUGUUCCACUGACGAGGAACACCUCCAUGAAAACUGGAGCUGCAACAAAUCAGCGUUAUCAAAUUAUUUCUGUUUCUAAUUGAGCCUUUUCUACUUCUUCAGUUUCUUAAAUCAAAUGUAGGAUUUUACACAGAAAUCUGACAAGAUCUCAAACAUGUCUGCAACUUGAAUCAAGGAAAGUCAAGCAGCUGCAUUAAAAGCACGAGAAAGGCAACUUAAUCUAAAAAAAUAAAUAUGAUUUUAUUUAUUGGAAAGCUAACAAAUCUGUUUUUACUUGUUUUAUGAGGUUAGGACUUAGAUUACAGACAAACUGGAGCGAUCAGAGGAAGUGUUGCACAGUCAAGCUGGAGCCUUUCUGCUGGUGGUUUAAGGAGGGAGAGAUUAUCAGUUUUGUGCAAUGAUUCACCUGCUCGAGAUUUGUGCUGAUGGCGUAAGAGAAAAGAAAAAUUUGGAUCCUUUUCAGUGUUCAUGUGAUCGAGAAAUAUCUGAAUUCCUCUGUUGAGUUUCUCUGUUUGAUCAACAUCAAGCCUCCUCAUCACUUAUAAUCGGUGAUAGAAUAGCUGUUUGAGACUCAAUCUGCCAGCGUGUCUAGUUUACAUGAGAGCAAAGAAUGAAGAUCAGCGUAUCAAGAUUUUCUCUCAAUUCUUUAAACUUUGCCAUAUUUACAGUAUAUUGAUAAACAAAUCAUUGACUGUGUAUAAAGAUGGACGACAUGCCUCCACUGUUGUGCAAAAGUGAAACCCAGAUGAUUUUUAAAACGGAUGUCGACAUCUUGAUCAACAAGUGGAGUCACAUAUUAAUAUCCCUCCAAUUUUCAAGCCAAUAAAUUCCAUAAAUUUAGCAAUAAAACGGUAAAAACCCCUUAAAUUAAAAUCACAACAGAUUCUGCUGUUGGUGUUAAUAGAUAUUAACUAUAAAAAAGACCUUGAAAUCUGUGGUAGUGUCUUCUCUCAUCCUCAUUCGUUCACAGAAAUGUCAAUCACUGUGUUAUGGCUUUCUCUUUUGGGAUCCUAAAUACUGACUACAACUUACAUCCUCAGAAAAUUAAACAUGAGGACGUAAUUCAGCGCGAUAAAAACUCAACUACAAAAAAAGGUGUUUCUUCGACAUGGUUUUCUACUUUGAUACAUGUCCCAUCUGUACAUAGGGAGGAAGUGGGCUUAUGAGUGAUACUGCAGCCUGCCACAAGGGGGAGUUUCAAAUCUUUUGGCUUCAAAUUUGGGUAGUUGUCAUGCCGUCCAUCUUUCAUCACAGUCCUGUGAUCCACAACUUUUUUUUUUGUCUGUUUUUUUUUUUUUUUUAAGCAGUAUUUUGUUUACGUGUGUGCGUUUAACUGGGAAGUUGUUGUGGUGCAAAAACUCAAACUUCUAAGUCUCAGUCAGACCAGAGAGGAUUAUAGGACAACUGGAAGCAAAGAUGCAGAAAGCUCAACAGCUCUAUCGCAAUGUAAGUUCAGCCUCCUGAGAUAAUGUGUCCUUAAUUAGAGAAACUAUAGCUGAUUAUAGAAGUGAAUUUAAGUCAGGCCUCUUUGAAGCAGCUGCUCUAUGGGAGUCACGUCUUUGCUUUGCGCGGUUUCAAACUUGCACAUUUGGUGUGAAACACUGUGAGGCAGAGAUUCUGUACUGUCCUAAACCAGACCACCAUGAAUCAUGGAUCAUGGGAGGUUCAGCUUUGACAACAUUCAGGGUCUGGAUGAAACAAUGAAUCAGUGUCUACCAGCUACUGUAGAGGGAGAUUCAAAAACACAACUAGCAAUUGUUCGAUUUUGCUUGUUUGCACCAGAAUCAAAGGGUUCUGAAUAGAAAUACAAAACCCAUAUUUAUGCUCUGUAUGCUUACGUUAGCUUCAAAUCAUAUGUAGAUAACAUUACUGCUCAUUAUUUUUAGAAUCAUCCAUCCACUCAAACAGGUUUAAGGAAUUCUUUCCCCCAUAUUUUUAUUUUUAAAAAUGACCUUACAAGACCUAAACGUUGCUACAAUGAGAAACCUCUUUACUGAGACUAGGGGUUAGAGAGUGGAACUGUUUUUGUUUUUUUAGAAUAAAGUCCUAAAAUACAUAAAUUAUCAUUCUAUUACAAAAAGUCUUCAAUUAACAGGAAUCAAGUCAAAAAAUGCUGAGAAGGAAAUGUAAAUUUACAAAUAAAGGUCACAAAUUUAUGAGAGUAGGUUAAUUUUUUCCAGAGCAGUAAUAAACAGCAAAUAAAUAAAAGUAUAUUGAAAGAUUAAAAAAAUGAAUAUUUACAGGAUAAAAAAAUGGCAGAAAGUCUUGUGAAAGUUGUUACUUUAUGAAUUCACAGUCUGAAAACAAAAUUUAUUUAAAAGCUUUCACUGAUGAUUUCUGUAAAUUUAUGACUUUACUCUUCGACUUCUGUGGAUUUAAGAGUUUGUUCUCAGAAACAGUGUUACAUUUCUGUGAGGUGGCUCUAACCCUCUGUCGUACUUUACAGUAAAGUUGCUCUCACUGUUUUUUAAAGUUUGACAAGUAAAGUCAGGUGGUCAGAGCUGAUAAAAAAAGGCUUUCAGUCCUGAGUGGACUUUUAUGUUGUCCUCUAAAAACUGGACUUUGAAACAGCUCAACUCAUUUGUGGGAGUCGAUGUUGGGAGUAGCAUUAAAUGCAACACCAAGAUGUGAUUCACCGCCAGUGAUAAAGAUCCAUAUCCAUGUGACAGUUGUGUAAUUUAUCCAAAAUAAAAUGGAUCUCAUUGCUGCAACUUUUAAGCCUUUUUCAGGAGAACAACCUGAAGUAGUUUGGAAAAUGAAAAACAUCAAAUUGGGGGACUAAAGAUGUGUUUGCUGUAGGGACUUUGAGAGAUUAAUUUACUCCCAUCUUAGAAAUCAGUCAUUGAUUUCUGAUCAAUAAGGUGUUAUUUCCUGUUAUCUUUAUGUGUUUGCCUCAGAUUCAGUUUAUCGUGCCAUAUGGAUCUUUGUGCCUCCUGAAUGUUUUGUUUUUCGUUCAAAUAUUGUUUGUGAUAAAGAGCUGUCUUAUGGGAUUUUAACACUAGAGCACACACGAUAUUCUACUUUAAUAUUGCUGUUAGAUUUUGACCAGAUCUGAGAGGCACCCCAGAGUGAGAAACUCCUGAUUUUCAUUCAUAUUUGGUUGAAAAACUACCUGACAAACAGUGAAGUGUUUUGUUUAUUCCUGUGUGUGGAGCAGAGCUGCUGCCCGAGCAGAUGUCAUGAUAUCAGGUGAAUCUGUCCACCUGAGGAGUCUGCUCUCUUCAAUCCAAGUUUGAGCUCUCAGAUUGUUUGUUUUAUGUUUAAAGAGUUUGUUUUUUAUUAUUCAGUGCAAUCCGGUCCAAUGCGAUGGUCUUCACGUCUUGAAUGGUCAUUGAAUUGUGUCUGAAUGUUUCUCUGCAGCACUUUACCCAGGGGGGCUGGAAGACAAGUCCAGAGGUGUUUGUGUCAUAAUGAAUUCCCAGGAAUGACGCUGGAUUAUGAGUAAGAUAACUCUGAAAAACCACUCUAUGAUCUCCAGGUCAUUUACAUUUACUACACAUGAGAUAAUGUUUCAGAAUGAUCUUUUUAAAAGUAUCUCCUCCUCAUUAAAGUCUUCAUUAAACGCAGCAACAAAAGGACUCUCCUCGUCAUGACUAUUGAGACUGACGUCUAGCAGCCCGUCUGUAAUGAGUGAUGACUGUAUCCAACUGAAUGAACAUUUGAUUAAAAAGUGGUUUAAGAAAACUGUGUAAGUUAUCUUUAUGUAAAUUCUGCUUUAAAAUGGUUAAUUAUAAAAGGC